AUGGGACGCUACGUCCCCCCGGACCUCGAAGGCCUAACCACGGGCAACAAACUCCACAACAAACACCCACUCGGCUCCCGCGCACGCAACCUACAAUCCACGGGCGCCCUAACCGUCCGCUUCGAGAUGCCCUUCGCGAUCUGGUGCACGACAUGCCAACCACACGAAACCAUCAUCGGGCAGGGGGUGCGCUUCAACGCGGAGAAGAAGAAGAUAGGGAAUUACUACAGCACGCCCAUCUACAGUUUCCGAAUGAAGCACGGCGCCUGUGGCGGGUGGAUCGAGAUACACACGGACCCGAAGAACACGGAGUAUGUGGUUAUUUCCGGGGCACGGAGGAGGGAUUACGGGGUUGAUGAGGAGGGGAGGAAAGUGGGGGAGAUAAUCACCGGGGAUGAUAAAGGGAAGAUGGAUGCGUUGGAGAGGUUAGAGGGGAAGGUGGUGGAUAAGAAGCGCGGGGAGGAGAAACGGGAUCGGAUUUUGGAGUUGCAGAGAAGACAGGCGAGGGAUUGGGAGGAUCCGUAUGAGAAGAGUCGGAGGAUUAGGAGAGUGUUUCGGGCGGAGAGGAAGGGGUUGGAGAAGAAGGAGGAGGAGAGGGAGAAGUUGAAGGAUAAGUUGAGUUUGGGGAUUGAGGUUGUCGAUGAGAUUGAGAGUGAUCGGGUAAGGGCGGGGAUGGUGGAUUUUGGGGAGACCGGGAGUGGGGUGGAUGGGCGGAGGGCGAGGAUCAAGCCGCUGUUUGGGGAGGAGGCGCGUGUUGACGGGGGAAAGAAGGAGGGGAAGAGGAUGAAGGCUAAGGAGGUGCUUGAGGAUCGGAAGGCUGCUUUUCGGAGUGAGUUGAGGGGAAAUACAAGGGCUGCUGUGGAUCCGUUUUUGAGCAGUGAUUCCGGUGCCUGGAGGCCUGAGGUGAAGAGGAGGAAGAUUGUCUCUGGGAGUAAGGCGGAUGAUGGGAAGGAUAGUGGUGAGACUGGCUCGGAGGUGGAGAAGAGUGUUGGGGAGACGGAAGAGACAGCUCGUCCGACGCUUGGGUUGGUGAGCUAUGCGUCGGAUUCGGAGUGA